UAAUUGCAUGCCACCACACCUUUUCAGAGGAAAAGUGAACCAGUGAACGCAUGUUAGAGCAAAUCCGUUUUGUCUGAAAGUCAGAAGUUCCCCUUCUUGUGAGCGCAUCUGUAGAACAAUAGAAAAAUUAAUUUCUUAUGCAAAAUCAUGGCGAAACAUUGGUGCACAGUGAAUAUAUGGAUUUUGUGGCAUUUUGUGAUACUUUAUGUUGCAGCAUUUAACCUAGACUCUCAGAAUGUGCUGCAGAGAAACGGAGCUCCAGGGACUCUUUUUGGAUUUUCUGUUGCCUUCCACCAGCAGCUGAGCCCAACCAAAAGAAAUCUCCUGCUAGUGGGAGCACCGCAUGCAAAACCCCAGAACCAAGUGAACGUUACAGGUGCUGUUUACAGUUGUGAUCUGUCUACAUCCGAGCGCUGUCAGCCCAUUGAUUUUAACAGUAAAGAGUUCCUUGGUAAUAAAGGUGUAAAUAACCAAUGGAUGGGAGUUAGAGUCACAAGCCAAGGUCCAGGUAAAAAUGUAAUGACCUGUGCUCACCGUUAUCAGGAAUGGAGCAUGAGCUCAGGCUCUGAUGUCCCUAACCUGCUGACUGGUCAGUGUUACAUCCUGGGAAACGACCUACACGUCAGAGAAGCUGGAAUGAGAGACCGGAGAGUACUUUGUGAUGAUGCACGCCUAAAAAGACGUUCAAAGAACCAUGAUUGGUUUGCAUAUUGCCAACAAGGUCAUGGAGCAUCUUUUGCAAAGGAUAAUGUUUCUUUGCUGUUUGGAGCCCCAGGAGCCUAUCAGUGGAAAGGAAUCGUUCAAAAGGAAUUCUUGAAUGACCUGGGUUUAAUCAGUGAAGAACCUCGUGAAACUGGAGAUGCGAAUCGUUUGUUGCAUGAACUCAUUCCUAUCCAGAAAAACAGCUACCUGGGGUUCUCCAUCGAUUCAGGAAUGGCCCUCAUGGAGCCGGGUGAGCUGAUCAUCGUAUCAGGAGCACCCAGAGGAGGUUACAGCGGCCAGGUGGCGUUUAUCAGAUCAGAUCCUGAAGCUAAGAGUAAUUUAAAGGUGGAGAUGGUUCUGUCUGGUCCAGGUCUGGCCUCAUCCUUUGGCUAUGAUUUGACAGUGGUGGAUCUCAAUAGUGAUGGGUGGGAGGACCUCGCUGUAGGGGCACCCCAGUAUUUUGUCAAAGACGGCGAGAUCGGGGGAGCGGUUUUCAUCUACAUCAACAACAAGGGAAAAGACUGGGAGAAAACAGAUCCCAUUGAGCUUCAUGGACACAAAGACUCCAUGUUUGGCAUUGCAGUGGAAAAUGCAGGAGACAUCAAUCAAGAUGGCUAUGGAGAUGUCGCUGUGGGGGCGCCUUAUGACGGCUCGGGUCGAGUUUAUUUGUACUGUGGGACAUCAGACGGUAUCAACAGAGAAGCAGCUCAGGUCCUCUCACCUCAGCGGAACAUGGUGAAACAGUUUGGUUAUUCUCUGAGCGGGAACCUGGACGUGGACAACAAUCAGUACCCGGAUUUAGCCGUGGGAUCACUUUCAGACUCAGUUUUUGUUUUCAGAUCAAAGCCGGUGGUCAACAUCAACACCUCUCUCAGGAUAACACCAAAUAAUGUGGAUAUCAAGAAGAAACAAUGUGAUACACAGAAAUGUUAUUUUGCAGGUCAGGCAUGUUUCACUUACACGGCACAUCCGUCAUCUUUUAACCCCAAACUGGAACUCAGCUAUGCUUUUGAGGCUGAUUAUGACAAGAAAAGCUCACGGCCCCGAGUCACCUUUUCAGGUUCUUCUCAAGGAAAACUAGAGCUUCCUGAACAAGGGAAACAAGUCUGUACCGACAGAACACUUCAACUUGAGACAGACAUUAAAGACAAACUACAGAGCAUCCCCGUCUCUGUCCUUGUGUCUCAGUUGACUUCUAGUGAGACAGCUGGAGCGAGUUCUGAUCAGUCUCCUGUUCUCAGCAUUUAUCACCAAAACCCCACUGUGUCAAAGAUUACUCUGAGAAACCAGGGUUGUGGCAGUGACAACAUCUGCCAGAGUAACCUACAGUUACAAUCCCAGUUCUGUUCCAGAACGAAGCAAAACGGUAAAGAUGUUUUCACGUCACUGGUCAGAGACAAUGGCGUAGCUGUCAUCACUCCGUCUGAUGAUGACGUAGCCUUGGAGAUCACUGUGACAAACAGAAACGGUGACGAUGCACAUCAGAGUUCCUCAGUCAUUAUGCUUCCAGAAACACUGCACUACUCAUCUGUGUACUCUAGUGGAGACCAGGCAGCACAAGUGAGCUGCACAGCCAACGACAAGGGGACACUGAUCAGAUGUGAGCUGGGAAACCCACUUCAAAGAGAUGCUGAGGUUACUUUUUACAUCAUACUCACAACUUCUGGAAUCUCACUGAGUACAAAAGCUGUAAACAUCACCAUGAAGCUUGAAACAACAAGCGUGCAGACCAUACAGCCAGUUGAACUGUUCGCCAAAGUGGUUUUUGAGCUGGAGUUGCAAAUCCAAGGGCUCCUCAAGCCUUCUCAAGUCUCACUUGGAGAUGUUUUGAAGGGUGAAAGUGCUGUUAACUUGGUGGAUGAAAUAGGACCAGCAAUUCUAUAUGAAUUUAAGAUAACAAACUUGGGCAAACCCCUGAAGUCCUUUGCAAAUGUGUCACUAAACAUCCACUGGCCAAAGGAGAACUCUGAGGGGAAAUGGCUGCUGUACCUGACUCAUGUAAGCAGUGAAGGUGUUAAGGCUGUCCCGUGUUCACCUGCAAAUGAGGUCAAUCCACUCAGACGUGUAAAGGGUUGGCAGGCUCCUUCAAGGCAAAGACGUGAAGCUAAGCUCGAUGCUCUCUCUUUUGUCCCAACAAAAAGAGAAUACAAAACUUUGACAUGCUGGGAUGGCCUGAGGUGUGUGGAGAUGCACUGCCCUCUGCUGGACUUGGACAGUACUGCAAAGAUUCUUCUGAAUGCACGCCUUUGGAACACAACUUUAGCAGAGGACUACAGCUUGUUGGAUUACCUUAACAUUGUUUUGGAGGCUUCUUUAAAUCUGACCAGUUCUUCUGAGAAUAUUGGACUCAAACCAGAAAAGACCGUGACUCAGUUAAAGUUGACAGUGUUUCUCGAGACAAAAGUCGAAAUCCAGACCAAAGCUGCGUGGUGGAUAAUCUUCCUGACAGUCGUUGCCUUGCUGCUGCUGCUGGCGUUGCUCUGCUACUUUUUGUGGAAGGGGGACUGCAUCCACAACCUUGCUAAUAAAAAGUUUUCCAGUUCAUAGUCAGCUCCUCUCAAAGGCUAAAAGGCAUCAGGAUGGAUUUCCAUGUGUUCAUCUGAACCGUUUCAUCCUCACUAGUGUGGAGAGGAGCUGGUGCCUAUCUCCACGGUUACAGCAAUAGGAUGUAUUUCACUACAUAGUUACUAUUUACUCAGCCGAGUGAAUGAAUUGGCCUUUUGUCUUUUCUCAAUGACCAAAACUCUAAUAAAUUGCAGGUAAAAGACAACUUUUAAGUAGUAAACAUGUUUUACAUCCACUUGAAUAUUUUCUUGUCCAUUGCAAACAUCAAUUAGGCCUACCUGUUGAAAUGGAGGGAAAGUGUUUAAACGAAAACCAGUUACAUUACCUUAAACUCAGUGAAAUGCAAAAAGUACACAGAAGGAAACAAACUAAAGAAGAAAGAAUGUGCAAAAAGUUUUGUAAGUGAAGCCACACCACACUUUAGGUCUUUCUGUGGCACAUUGUUUCUUAUCAAACAUCUUGGCAUCAAACACAACUGAAGUGUCAUGGGAGCCAGCGGUAAUCUUGUUUGGUUCAGGAUCACACAAACAUGCAUUCGAACGGCUGACUGAGCCUCUUCAGUUUUGCUGUCGAACAAAACAAACUCCUGUAGAGCUCUUUGUCUCCACCCUGGACAAAAAUGAGACAUUUGGACAAAUUAAGGUAUGCAGGACAUUAUUAGUAAUAGUAGCAGUGGUGUGUUUUAGUGAAUUUGACAAAGUGAGGUUUGCUUUGCUUUGUAUAAUGAGCUCAGGCUUAAAAACACAACAUAAAUGAUCCUUUUACUAUCAGAACCAGGACUGGAACACAGAGGCUGCCAGAGUUAACAGUCGUUGCACCCCCUGUGUGACAAUGGGACAAUGAUUUUGAAAACUAAAGGUCAGAAUUUUCUUUUUUAUUAGUUUGAUUUGCUGGCAUCGUUGCUGCUUACUGGACCAGCGUAGGUCUUUUAGCAUUUGUUUAAGUUUCUGACUCCCUGUCUGGAGGAAUAUUGUUUGUGACAUUGCAGUGUUGUGAUGAGUGACAUAAUGUCUUCAUAAAGUUAUAAAACAACUCAUAGCAUUACAGCAAUGUAUGAUAGUAUCAGCAGUUUUGAAAAAUACAAUAUAUCAAUAGAGGUAAGAGGGUGAUAUUUUUUACAUUUAAUAAAAAAUUACAUUAAUCCAUUUUUAUCCGCGUGUCUGGAGUCGAGACGUGGGAACAGCAGCAACCCAGACUUCCCUCUACCCAGCCACUUGGGCCUAGCCUAGUGAACUAGAACAAAUUCUUGCUUUGCAAAGAAUGGUCUAGGCAUGCUCCAUUGGAACCUCCGCAGCUCCUACCAGGACUCUGGCUAGCCAAUCACAGCUCUCUAGAGGGGUUUCAAACACAUAAAGAGCUGUGAUUGGUCCCUAAUGGUGGGCCAAUCAUAGUGCUCUAUCUGCUUAGUGAACAAAUCACAGAGCUUAAUCUGCUUUGUGGGCCAAUUAGGGCACUCUAUAUGCCUGGUGGGUGGGAUGAUGCAACAGAGUGAAACAAGAGUAUGUCACAUUCAUUGUCCAGUGGAAUGCGGAGAUCAUUUGAAAGACAACGGUAGAACCCGCCCCACAACCGAGAGCCGUCAAUGGAGCGUUACCAGACUACAUAAUACAUUUAUUUAGUCUGGCUUGCCAGGCUAACUUGGGCCAGCUCCUCUGGGG